AUGGUGAUCCUCAGGGAGGGGAUCUGUCCCGGAGUCACCGCGCAACUCGUUCAGGCUUUGAAAGGACAGAAUGUGAAAACGGUGGUGGACCUGGUGUCCUCGGACAUUGAGGAGUUGGCUCGGAAAUGCUCGGUGUCCUACAAGAUGCUGGUCGCCGUGAGGCGCGUGCUGCUCGCGCAGUAUUCUCCGUUCCCUUCCAACGGCGCGGACGUGUACGAGGAAGUUCUGGGCUCCACGGCAAUCCUGUCCACAGGGAACAAGAACCUGGACAAACUGCUGGAUUCGGGCCUUUACACCGGAGAGCUGACCGAGUUUGUGGGAGCUCCGGGCAGCGGGAAAACCCAGGUGUGCCUCAGUUUGGCAGUGAACAUCUCGUGUGAGUUGAAGCAGAAGGUGGUGUACGUGGACUCGACAGGGGGGCUGAGCGCCUCCCGCCUGCUGGAGCUGAUUCAGAGCCAGGUGGACAGCGCGGAACAACAGACCGAUGCUCUUCAGAGGAUCGAGGUGGUGCGUGUGUUUGAUGUCUACGGGAUGUUGGAUGUUCUGCAGGACCUGAGGACAAGUUUCACACAGCAGGUGACCGGCGCUCGGGCCUCGGUCAAAGCUGUGGUGAUCGAUUCGGUCUGUGCUGUCCUGUCCACGGUGUUGAGUGGCAGCCUGGCAGAAGGCAUGGCUAUCAUGAUGCAGCUGGCAAGAGCACUGAAGACUAUGGCCAGAGAGCUGGGUGUCGCUGUGGUAGUGACGAAUGGUGUGGUCCAGGACAUGGGAGGAGGUGUGAAGCCUGCGCUGGGCCGCUCCUGGAGCUAUGUCCCCAAUGCCCGGGUCCUUCUACAGCGCGAGGCAGAGAUGGGGAGCUUACAGGAGACCAAACGCUCAGCAACAGUGCUGAAAUCAUCCCGCCAGCCGACCGGGCUCACAGCAGAGCUACACAUUACCGGCAGUGGGACUCUAGAGAACCAAACAGCUACUGAUGCCCUCGACAACACAUAGUAACACUCACCCAGCAGCGAUGAAGCUCUGCAUCUUCUGUAAAUAUAAGACAGAGAACUGGAUAUCAGGAGGAACAGGUCUAAAGAAAAUAAGAACAGCAUUAAUGAAGACGAGGCCAGCCCCCAUCACUGACGUGUAUGUGUCUACGUGUGCAGUACUGACUGAAAAUAAAAAGGCUUUCAUCUGCACACACUCAUUUCUCUGGGUAUCCACGAUAUCAAAUUGGCCGUUCAUCUUGUACCUGUUUGUGGGACUUUGCUGCAUGGGGUGCCAUCUUUUUGUGUACAAAAAGCUGCUGUAAAGUGCUUUGAGAUGGUGAUGUGAGAGACACUCGUGUUUUACACAGGACGAGUGAAGUGGCCCAUCACAGGCGCAGUCGAAGAGGAGGGUCUUGAGACUGGCCUUGAAGGAGGCAAGGGAAGGAGCGAGGCAAAAAUCAGGACAAAAGCUGAAACAUCUCUCCCACCAGAGGACCCAUAGUUAAGACAACUGCACAGACAAUUGCUUGAGAUCUACUCAGCAGCCAGCCCCCAGGUAGACCAGCUAACAACAUCACACGGAACAAGAAGAGACAGAAACGAUGGCAAACCAUU